AUGAACAGCCCGGACGCGCUCCGCGAGGGCUACGAGCACUUCGACCCCCGCGCGUACCUGCGCAACAAUUACCUCCCGCCCCGGGCCGACUUCUCCUCCGAGGAGUUCGUGGUGCCCUGGAAGCUGCGAUGUUUGGCCGAGACCUUCGCCAGUGGUGAGAUCCGGGGGCGGACGUUGAUCGAUGUGGGCUCGGGUCCCACCAUCUACCAACUGCUGAGCGCCUGCGACCACUUCGAGGAGAUCGUGGCCACCGAUUACCUGGCGGUGAACCGGGAGGAGCUGGGCCGGUGGGCACGGGGCGAGCCCGGAGCCUUCGACUGGAGCCCCUUCAUCCAGCACGUCUGCAAGAUCGAGGGGCGCGGGGAGCCGUGGCAGGACAAGGAGCGGCGUCUCCGCCAGCGUCUCCGGCGGAUCCUGCCCAUCGACGUUCACCGGCCGGAGCCUCUGGGGGCCCCGCUGCGCCCCCCAGCCGAUGCGCUGCUCUCCGCCUUCUGCCUGGAGGCCGUGAGCCCCGACCGCGCCGCCUUCGUGCGGGCGCUGGCCCACGUAGGCAACCUGCUUCGCCCGGGGGGCCACGCGCUGCUGCUGGGGGCCCUGGGCGAGUCUUUCUACCUGGCGGGCCCCGCUCGCCUGCCCGUGGUGCCGCUGCAGGAAUCGGACGUGCGGGAGGCGCUGGCGGCCGCCGGCUUCGCGCUGCGGGAGCUGCGGAGUUACGCGAUGCCCCCCGCGCUCCGCACCGGCGUGGAUGAUGUGGACGGGGUGUUCUUCGCCCACGCGCAGAAGCCGCUGGAAGGCUGA